AUGUCUGACAAAGAAUUUGGAGAAGAGGCUGACACAAUGCCUCCAAAGACCAUGAGUCAAGAGGCCAUUAAGAAAAUGGUUGAGGAAUUACUUGCAGAGAAGCUAAAGGAAGCUGGACAGUGGAAGGGUAAAGAGAAAGUGGGAGGUGAUGAAUCAGAUGAUAAGCAAGAGAAUGAAGAGGAAGGGGCUAUUGUUAAAGAGGUUCAGAAGAUGCCAGCAGACCAGAAGAUAUUUGUAGAUGCCUUGAAGUUAGUGAACAGAGAUAAUGUGGAGAGUUUGCCUACCUAUGGAGGUAGCCUGAAUGGAGAAGAGGUGCUUGAUUGGAUAGAAGCACUCAAUAACCAUUUUGAGUAUAAAGAGGUACCUAAGGAUAAGAAGAUAAAAUCAAAAGAAGGGGAGAACAAAAUCAGAAAAGUAGAGGAGGCAAGAACUUUAGGGGUAGAGGUAGCUUUGGAAGAGGAGGAGCACCACCAAAGAAUGGUGAAUCAAACACCCAAGAAGGCAAUGGAGAGACAAGUGGUAGAGGAGGAGAUUUUAGGGGUGGCUUUAGAGGAGGAAGGUUUAAUGGACGAGGUAGAUUUGGCAAUCAAGGAAAGGGUCCUAGUGUAUUCACUGGGAAGUGCUAUCAAUGCAACCAAGCGGGGCAUACCAUGA